UGGCGUCGGUCUUUUUCCGCCCAGAUCAGCAGCGAUUGCGAGGUGGCAAAAUGCAGAUCUUUGUGAAAACUUUGACCGGUAAGACCAUCACCCUUGAGGUCGAGCCCAGCGACACCAUCGAGAAUGUGAAGGCCAAGAUUCAGGACAAAGAGGGCAUCCCACCUGACCAACAGCGUCUGAUUUUCGCUGGCAAACAGCUGGAAGAUGGUCGCACACUUUCAGACUACAACAUUCAGAAAGAGUCCACUCUUCACCUGGUGCUGCGUCUCAGAGGCGGCAUCAUUGAGCCGUCCCUCAGACAGCUGGCCCAGAAAUACAACUGCGAGAAGAUGAUCUGCCGCAAGUGUUACGCCCGUCUGCACCCGCGUGCCGUCAACUGCCGCAAGAAGAAGUGCGGUCACACCAACAACCUGCGCCCCAAGAAGAAGCUGAAGUAGACCGGAGCACUGCUGUGUGUCAGGAACAGCUUUUCCUUUGUUAAAAUAAAAUGUGGAUGAAAUCAGUUUUGCCUCGAGUUAGUUUUCGUUUCAUUAGGCCAACUAAUGCAUGAUAGUUAUUAAGGAUAAGAAGUUCACUUUAUUGCAACGUCUGUCACCUAGAGAUUGUUUUCAGGGGUCUUCUCUAAAACAGUGCAAGUCUAAAUAUUUAUGUAUUUUAACCCUAAAAAUGGCAACAAUAUUAGGGCACGCACAAUGCAUUGCCCUUUUUAUGCCCCCAUAAUUUGUAACAUCUAAUAUAUUUCUUUGUAUUGAAAUGAUUGCAUAAACAAGAUUAUUCAGA